AUGUGCUACGUUCUCUUUUUCUGGAACGGGAACCAACUCAUCGGAAGUGCAGGGGUUGGAGGAGACAGCGCCAAGUUCUGCCUCUCGACGGGCUGCGUCAACGCCGCGUCCACCCUGCUCCAGAACAUGAACCAGAGCGUGGACCCCUGCGAGAACUUCUACGACUUCGCGUGCGGCGGCUGGGUGCACCGGCACCCGAUUCCGGAGGACAGGCCUUUGGUGUCCCAGUUCUCCCUUAUCUGGGACCAGCUGAAAGCCCAGCUGCGCUCGCUGGUCGAGAAGCCGCCACAGGACUGGGAACCAGGCUUCAUCCACAAGAUGAAGCACAUGUACCGGUCCUGCCUCAACACCAGCCUCAUCGACUCGUACGCCGAGGAGCCUCUGCAGAGGGUCCUCAGGUCGCUCGGAGGCUGGCCCGUGGUCGAGGGACCCGGAUGGAACGCGUCCAAGUUCCACUGGCUGGACGCGCUCAUACAGUUUCGGCACUUUGGCUACAGCCACGACAUCCUGCUCGACCUGUUUGUCAUCCCGGAUUUCCGGAACAACACGCGAUACAUCAUCUUCCUGGACCAAGCGUCCCUGGGACUCCCUGACCGCACCUACUUCCUCAAGGGGCUGAACGACAGCGUCGUGGCCGCGUACAUGAAGCUCAUGACGGAGGCCGCUCACCUGCUGGGAGCCGACAAGAAGGCGGCACAGACCGAGCUCUGGGACGCGCUCCAGUUCGAGAUCGCGCUGGCGAAUUAUUCGUUGCCACGCGAAGAGAGGCGCAACAUGAGCAAGCUGUAUAACAAGAUGCCCCUGAACGGGGUUAAGAAGCUCGCACCACAGAUUGACUGGGACCGCUACUUCAACUCGCUGCUUGUCGACAAGGUGACCCCGGACGAGCCCAUCAGCGUGGUCGUGCCCGAGUUCGUGAAGCAGUUCGAGUCUCUUAUCCUGCGCACGCCGGCGCGCACCGUUGCUAACUACAUGGUGUGGCGCGCGGUGCUCCAGUCGUACGGCAUGCUGGGCAAGCCGUGGCGCGAGCGACUCCAGGAGUUCAUCGGAGUGCUGACGGGCCAAACCCGCGAGAUGGCCCGCUGGGAGCAGUGCAUAGGCUCGCUCACGGGCUACUUGGGCAUGGCGCUCUCCUCGCUCUACGUGCGGCACUUCUUCCAGGAGGACAGCAAGGGCGCCGCGCUGGACAUGGUCAACUUCAUCCUGAAAGAGUUUAUGACCAUCCUGGACGACAUCGACUGGAUGGACGAGCAGACGCGGCAGCGCGCACGGGCCAAGGCCCUGGCCAUCCAGCCGUACAUCGGCUACCCGGAGGAGCUGCUGAAGGACGCUCUCGUGGGGGAGUACUACCGCAACGUGAAGCUGCAACCCGACACGUACUUCGAGAACGUCAUGCGGCUGCGAAAGUGGUACACGGACUACGAAUAUGGGCAUCUGCGAAAGCCGCACAUCAAGGGCAAGUGGGAGAACCUCGCCCAGGUUGCUGUGGUAAACGCCUACUACAACAGCCAGGAGAACUGCAUCAUGUUCCCAGCCGGCAUCCUGCAGGGAGUCUUCUUCUCGAAAGAUCGGCCCAACUACCUGAAUUACGGAGCAAUUGGCUCUGUCAUUGGCCACGAAAUUACGCACGGCUUCGACGAUCAAGGGCGUCAGUUCGACAAGGACGGCCACAAUCUCAACUGGUGGGAGCCCGAGACAGACCUCAAGUUCCGCCAGAGGGCUCAGUGCAUCGUGGAGCAGUACGGGAACUACACGGUAUCCGAAGGCACCUUGAACAUAAACGGCGUGAACACACAGGGUGAGAACAUCGCCGACAACGGAGGCAUCAAGGAAGCCUUUAACGCUUACAAGAAGUGGGUGAAGGAGAACGGUCCCGAGGCCGGGCUGCCGGGCCUCAAGUACACCCCACAGCAGCUCUUCUGGAUCAGCGCCGCCAACGUAUGGUGCAGCAAGGAUCGUCCCGAGACAUUAAAGCUGAGGAUCCUCGUAGAUGCACACAGCCCGGCUUUAUUCAGGGUCAUCGGUCCCACGUCCAACACGCCCGAGUUUGCCGCGGAGUUCAACUGCCCGGUCGGAUCUCCCAUGAACCCAGUCAACAAGUGCACCGUCUGGUGAUCCCCGACCUCCUCCAAAUAAGAUCUGAUCGCGCGACCCACCGCACGGAGUAUGCGUCGUCCACUUCCUCUCACUGCCCCCUCUCAUACAAAGGGAAACCCCCGCCCCUCUUUCCCCACAGACCGCCGCUCUGGAUCCCGAACACAAGGUCCUCAGCAGUGUCCCUCUUCCGACCCCACUUUUGACCACGUCAUCCCUGCCGUCGAAGGCCAAGCGUCACAUACCCAACGCGAACCCUCAUUAUCAAUCCGAUCACCACCACCAACAGCUAGCCUGGCAGCGAUAUACUCUUUAUACGCUCUUGGGAACCCAUCUAUGAUCCCCUCAGGUUAAAAUCUACGAAUAUGGUGGAAUCUCAAUGUCUUGUAGUGGUUGUUAUGGCGUGCAGCAUCGGUGAUUCAGAUAAACGUAUCUCUACGGACCCACGUACACAUUCAUACAAUAUGAGAGACCCAAUAGCCGUGACAGUUUAUGUGGUGGUGCUAUACAUACC